AUGAUUACGGUAUCUUGUUUAAUAGCGAACAUAAUAAACAUUAGCAAAAACGUAUUCAUCGAAGAAAAGCAUGCGAUCUGUGUGCUAUGCACAUUUGCGCUGAAUCAUCUGAAUUUGCCACAGAUAUCUACGCUACGUGGCGACACACACAUCCAACCUCAAUCCAUAGCCGAAGACUGGGAGGUGGUUGCAUCAGUUAUGUCAUUAUGGCAUGCUAUCGGACUGGCCAAACCGAGUUAUUCACGAAUAUUGGCACUUCGAUUUGUUGCUACACCAUCUGAUGGGUCCUCUAGAAUCCAGCUUCAGAAACCAGUAGGUGAAGAGGGGUUCUUCAGUUAUGGCCGGAAUUUCUCUCGUGAUCCCAACAUUAAAAGCAGUCUAAAGCCGCAGAAGUUUGAUACUCCAAAAUCAUUCAUGUUAGGUCGCCUUGGUCACUGCUACGAGGUGUAUCCCCUAAUUCUUUUGGCGAUUAGCCUAGUAACGGGAAUGGUUUUGACCGGUUACUACAGCCUAACUAAGAUAGAAGUCUGGAUUGACAAAAGGCCAAAACUUGCACCGUGGGAUUGGGAGCGUGCACGAGAUUCGUACUGGAAACAGUCGACCGUCUAUUUUGAUCUGGACGGUCGUACGCGCAAGCGUUGUGAAACAAUGGAAAUUCUGCAGGAUGAAAUGUUGGAAGCAGCUAAGAAAAGAGGCACUCGAUAA